CGUCUCAUGCUCUGGAACUGCGCAAGCGAAUGCGACUAUACCUGCCAACAUAUCAUCACGAACCGCUGCCUCGACGCCUCCCUCCCCGUCGUCCAAUUUCACGGAAAAUGGCCUUUUCAUCGCUUUCUCGGCAUGCAAGAGCCCUUCAGCGUCCUCUUCUCGCUGGGUAACUUGCUCGCGCAUUACUAUGGCCUGCGGAAGCUCCGCCAACGAGUCCCCGCCUCCUACACGCUCCGACCGUUCUGCAUAGGCUUCGCCUACGUCGGCAUAGCCAGCUGGGUGUUCAGUGCCAUCUUCCACUCGAGGGACUUUCAGAUGACCGAAGAGCUGGACUACUUCGCCGCCGGCCUCAAUGUCCUGUACGGGACGUACCUGUCAGCGGUCCGGAUCUUCCGUCUCGACACCCCGACGCCCCGUCGACGGUCUGUGCUCCGCGCGUGGUCACUCCUUUGCCUGCUACUGUACAUGAUGCAUGUCGGCUACCUCAAGGGGAUACGAUGGGAUUACACCUACAACAUGGCGGCAAACGUGGCUGUUGGCAUGGUGCAGAAUGUGCUGUGGACUUGGUUCAGUAUAGACAAGUACCGCAAAUCCAAGCGCUUUUGGACCACUUGGCCUGGUCUCGCUGUGGCAUGGAUAAUGCUUGGCAUGAGCAUGGAGCUGUUUGACUUUCCGCCGUGGCUUGGCUGCCUCGACGCACACAGCCUGUGGCAUUUGAUGACCAUCGGGCCAACCGUGCUGUGGUACAAUUUCUUGGUCAAGGACUCGCAUGAGAAUAUUGCAAGCUUAGAGAGGUCGAAGGAGUAG